GGCUAGUUGGGCUGCUGCGAUUCUUGUCAGGCGACAUGGCUGCCCAGAAAAUCAACGAAGGCUUGGAGCACAUCGCUAAAGCGGAGAAAUAUCUUAAAACUGGAUUUUUAAAAUGGAAACCAGACUAUGAUAGUGCAGCAACUGAAUAUUCAAAGGCUGCUGUUGCUUUCAAAAAUGCCAAACAGUUUGAUCAGGCAAAGGAAGCAUAUUUGAGAGAAGCUGCCUCCCAUGAAAACAAUAAAGCUCUCUUCCAUGCUGCCAAGGCUUAUGAACAAGCUGGUAUGAUGUUAAAGGAAAUGCAAAAACAUUAUGAAGCGGUAGAAUUGAUAGAGAAAGCCAGUAUGAUGUACCUGGAGAAUGGGACACCUGACACAGCAGCUAUCGCUUUAGAUCGGGCUGGAAAGGUAAUAGAAAAUAUAAAUCCAAGCAAGGCAAUUCAGCUAUAUCAACAGACAGCAUCAGUAUUUGAAAAUGAAGAACGGUUACGACAGUCAGUUGAAAUGUAUGGAAAGGCUUCAAGACUUCUGGUCAGAGGUCGGAGGCUGGAUGAAGCUACAGCUUCGCUGCAGAAGGAGAAGAGUAUUUAUAAAGAUAUUGAAAACUAUCCAACAUGUUACAAGAAAACUAUUGCUCAGGUCUUAGUUCAUCUUCACAGAAAUGACUACGUUGCUGCGGAGAAGUGUGUCAGGGAAAGCUAUAGCAUACCAGGUUUCAGGGAAAGUGAAGACUGUGCAGCCCUAGAGCAGCUUCUAGAAGGGUACGAUCAGCAAGAUCAAGAUCAAGUAUCUGAUGUCUGCAAUUCGCCACUCUUUAAGUACAUGGACAAUGAUUAUGCCAAGCUUGCUCUGUCCCUGAGCGUCCGUGGAGGAGGCAUAAAGAAGAAAUCCCCAAUAGCUCCACAGGGCAAAGCAGAAGGAUCAGUAGUAACAUCUUCUCAUGAAAAUGAGGAAGAUGAUGAAUAUGCAGGCGGACUUUGCUAACUCCAGUUCUCUCAAAUAUCAGACUUACUGUUUCCAACUCUUGAGCAGUUUCAGAAGUAUCUGAAUUACCAUCACUUCAUUACAGUCACGAAACUGGAAGGAUAAUAAUGACUUGGCAGCUUUGGAGGUACAUAUUUAAAAAGCAUGGCUGUACCCUUGGAGCAUUUGAGGUUACAUUCUUAAAUCAUCUUUGUCGUGCAUCUACUUUAAUAAAGAAUUUGAGUACUAUAGCAUUCUGAAAAAGAGAGAGGUAAUUGGAGAGACAGAAUGUUUAUCUUCAGUAUUUCUCAAAAUCUAUAGUUUCAGGGAUGUUGUUUCAAUCAAUAGCCCCAUGAAAACUUGGCAUUUGGGGAAAGGGAAGUUUUAUUGCUGAAGGGUUAUGUAUUUUUUCUAAAAAAAUACUGAAUUAUUUGAGAUCAUCUUAUAAACCUCUGACAAGUAACCCUGCUGUUCUCAUGUGAAUAUAAUGUUAAGUGAAAUGUGUCUCUCUAAAGGAUGUAGGAGCUCUGUGGGCCAAUUCCAAGAAAACUCGCAUCAGUUUUUCAGAAGUGUGAAUGUGGUAACUUUAUGGUUUUCAGUGUAACACGUGGAUAAACUGUAGCAGACACCUGGUUAAUAUUUGAAUAGUAAGUACUUUUUAACUUCGGAAUCUUCUGCUGGUUUGGUUAAAAAAAAGGCCUUACAGAUUAUUUAUACCAAUAUCUGAUGUAUGUCACGUGUAUAAAUCUAGUUAGAUGUAAAAUGAUGCUGCUGUUCGGAGUUCCAGCGGAUGAGAACCUUUCAACAUUUGUAUCCCUAUUUGAAUGAGUUCUUUGGCAUGUAGACGUGUAGGCUGUUGUACAGAGGAACAGCAGCCAGCUUUAAAGACUUCCUGCAAAUUGUUCUUGAUGUUGUACUGAAUAAUAUCACACUAUUUAACUUUAUAAACUCACUACUUGUAUAGAGAUGGGCAAUGUGCCACAGCAGAAGGAUCUUGAAGUGUGUUUUCUAACAUUCCUGUAAUCGUUUUGUACGUCAGAAUGAAUUGGCCCUAUAUCAGGAACAAUAUUCACUUUUUAAGUAUUUAUACCACCAUGGAAUAAGGUAGUACUAAGUACAAUAGUUUCUCUAGUCAUUUGAGUGGAAAAGGCAAUUCUGCCUACUUAAGUAUUGCAUACAUAUGCAAAGCUCCCCUCCCAAACGAAUGGGUCAACACACAUGCUCAGAAGUGUGAAAUGGAGCACACAUUAUUGGCUAUGGAUUGGGCAGUUAAAGAUUUUGGGAUCCUUGAGAGUCAUGUACUCUUCUAUGGGUAACAGAGGGAGCAUAGUUUUUGUAUAGAAGAGGCCUGCAGUAGGUCAUAUUGCAUGAGAAUAGGGCCGUAUAGUCUCUAAUGUACUCUACUCAGAAAGUUCAAAUGUUUGUGGAGAGAUGGUAGUUACCCUGUAAGGAUGAAAAUUUUGAACCUAGAUCUAAGUUAAAAACUUCCUUUUUCAUUAUGCAUGGGAUAGUCAGGUACAUGAAGUGGAAUUUAUAUGAGAAGAAAACAAUACCUUAAAACUAGAUUUCAGUGAUGCUGUCAGUACUGAAAUUCGCCAAGGUUAAUAUAGCUUGCAGUGGGUAACGUCGCCAUAUGACCUUUAUUUUAUUGACAAAAUGUCAUGGAAAUACUAUUGCCGUUAUCAAAUGUUAAAAAAUAAUAAGUGCUUAGUUUGUUUUCCAUGCAAUUUGCACACUCCUUCUGUCUCAAAUGAAAAAUUCAUGAAGGAGGAAAUUUUUGAAGAAUAAUGCCAACUUUUCAAGAGCCAAAGCAAGUACUGGUUUGCAUGGAGAUGCUAAAAUGUAGUCCAAUAUUAUCACGUGAAAUGACUUUAUAAAUUAUUGAAUAUGACUUAUUUGUACACUCAGAUGCUGUGUAAACUGUGUGUAAGCAAUGUGAAAACUGUGCUUUCAUUGUAUUUUUCCCUAUCCAAUCUGUGGGAUGCAAUAGAAUAUCAAACAUGUUGUAAUUGUUCUUCAGAUGCAACUGAUAAGAAGAGGCACUGUAUGUCACAAGUAAAAAUAAAGUCUAAAGUGAUUUAA